UUAAUUAAUUGAAAGAUAUUAGAUAAUGAUAGAUUAGACCAGAUUGACCAGUUAGUCAAGCGGACCACGAAAACUAGUGCAUUUAAUAAUUGAUAACCAGUCUACUGAUCAAUAGGAAUUUUACGGAGAUUUAGAACUCUAUAGUGUACACGUACUGGUACAACCCUGGCCUCUUCAAAUUAAUCAGAACCUGAGAUAUAAAAUAAAACGUUUGGGCAAUUUUAGUUGAUUUCAUGCUGUUUGUUUACACUUAUAAUAAUGUAAAAACCAAAUAUUGCUGAUUUAGGCUUCAAAUACCACUCGGACAGGAAUCAAAUAUUUUUCGAUCUAAUAUAACCAAACAAAGUUUCAUUCAAAUAGCUUUUCUCGAAGGAACUUAGUUUAUCUUUCUUUCAAAUUUACCUUAUCCAUUACUUCGUACAUUCAUUUGUAACAUCAAUUUCAUUGCAACAUCGAUAUAGACUUUUGUUAAUAGUGAUUCAACUUUUUUCAGCAGCAAACUCAUAGUAAACAACCUAUUAUAAAUCACAACAAAAAACUUUGAACCUAGUUUUUUUUGUUAGAACCUACUGAUCUUUGUACUUACUCUGUCCUGAUAUGUAUUUACGAUGUCAAUAAAGAAGGCUACCGAGUUCAAAAUAUGGUACCGUCCUCAAUUUUGCCACAGUAUUUGUCAUAUAUGCCAGAAAUCCAUCCAAGAAAAUAAACUGAUCUGCCCUUCGUGUCAAAUGGUGUCUUACUGCUGUUCAGAACACCUUGAAGAAGACUUAGACGACCACGAAGAAAUCUGUGAGGCAUUGAAGGAGGCCGGUAGAUUGCUUUCCUCGGAACAUCCCUUGAAAAAGGCCUACCUCCUGGGUCCGGAAGAGCUGAGGAAUUUCAGGUUGGGGCUUGUCGGCUUGUGCUCGAGGUUCUUAGGCCGACCGCUUGCCUCUUGGGAAAUCGAAGUCUGCCUCUUUCCAGCAGUGUGCGCGUCUUGCCAUAAGUUCGAACUAGAUCUUCAAGUAUGUCAAAGUUGUUUCCACACGCGAUGGUGCACCGAGCAACACAGGCCAAAAAAUCACGACCUGUAUUGUGCCGAACUUUCUUUAUUUCGUGAAAUUCUGCAGCGCAAGGUUCACGUCGUUCACCCUCCCAGCUUAGAGGAAGAACCGUCGUGCAUGGAAACGAUGAAAACCGACGACAGAGUGAUAUUCUCCCUCCUCACUGAAGUGGCGUCUUCUCCUCUUUCGAUACUUCAUGUCAUCCCAAAAAAAGAAACCUCCGUCGUCCACGUUAUCGGCCCCGAGCCACAUUUCGAAGCAAACAACCUUGCUAAAUGGGACAUUUUUCUGUUCGAACUUUUGCCCAACACAAAACACCUUCGUUUGAUGUUCGUCGGUCCGGAGAUAGGACCAUUACCUCAGAGGACUAUUUCUCACGACGGAAGGAUUUUAAGCAUAACUUUUCACCAACUUCUAUAUCACGAAUUCAAGGGAGAACGGCCGGAUCUGGUGUGCGCCUUCAACCCUGGAUUGUAUCGCACAGCGGGCUUCGAUGGAAAAGAUACGUGGUCGGCUUCAAUAAAUGAAAUGUUUUCUUUUCCGGGUGUUCCAGUCCUGAUCACAGCGUACACUGUCAAAGAGAUUAAACUGGAUUUCGCAAGAGUUAAACAAUCUGUUAAAGGGAUUAAAAUCGUGAUCGAACCUUCGAUAAACCAUUUCUCGAGCCGACGGCCUCUAAUGAACUUCGUCUCGGACGAAACGUCGCCCGUUGUUUAUAAAAAUGCAUACUUUAUGGUUUUAAAAGUUUAACGUUAAGCUAAAGACACUUCGGUGUUGUCAAAAAAACUAUUUUUUUAUAAUUAUUAACUCAAUUUCUCAUUAAGAUUUUAUCGAAUGCUUUUAGCAUUCUGAGCGUACCAAAGUGUGAGCUAUAUUAGGGUGACUGGCGAUAAGUGUCGAAAAUUUCAGCAAGUAUUUCUAC